UCUUCCCACCCACAUUUUCCCCCUUUCGCCCAUCUGUCGAACAGAACCACGGCCAAUUCUUCCCCAGCUCUUCAGCUUCGGCCUCGCGACCUGGUCCCAUUUCUGGUGACCGUCCUCUCCUCAAUUCGAAAGCUCGACAUUCGUGUGCAACCAAACAACCUUGUUGUCCCUUGCUGGCUAGGGCUAUACCGUCCUCGAGCUCUUCUUCUUCUUCUUCUUCCGCGCAGCGACACGCCCUCUCCUUCCACCAACAAUCACACAUCUCACCCUCCCGCGCUGCUCAUCAUGGCUCAGCAGAGAGGGCUUCGUACGGCAUGGGCGUCGGCCAGCCGUCUUUCGGUGGUCCCAGCAGCCAGGACUCGAGUGAUUCGAGCCCUCUGGACGUGAUCCGUCAACAGACCAGCAAGAUUGAGGAUCUUCUUGACAGCGUCAGCGAGCCGAUCAGGCCAUACCUGCCCGCAAUUGGCCGAUUCUUGAUCGUCGUCACCUUCCUCGAAGAUGCUCUGCGCAUCGUCACCCAGUGGAGCGAUCAGCUUCUUUACCUCAACGACUACCGACACAUUCCGUCGGGCAUCACGCAUCUUUUCCUUCUCACAAACGUCGUCGCCAUGAUCGCGUGUUCCGUGCUCGUCAUCAUCCGCAAGCACUCCGACUACGCCGUGUUUGGCCUCAUGGGUGUCGUCGUCACGCAGGCCCUCGGCUACGGUCUCAUUUUUGACCUCAACUUCUUCCUGCGCAACCUGUCGGUCAUUGGCGGCCUCCUCAUGGUCAUGUCGGACUCGUGGGUCCGCAAGUCCAAGGCGUUUGCCGGCAUUCCCGAGCUCGACGAGAAGGACCGCAAAAUGUAUUUCCAGCUCGCCGGCCGCGUGCUGCUCAUCUUCCUGUUCGUCGGCUUCGUCUUCAGCGGCACCUGGACCUUUGGCCGCAUCAUUGUCUCCAUCAUCGGCGCCAUUGCGUCCGUCAUGGUCGUCGUCGGUUUCAAGGCCAAGUUCAGCGCCACGCUGCUCGUUGUCAUUCUCAGCGUGUUCAACCUCUUUGUGAACAACUUCUGGACGCUCCACGAGCACCACCCCCACAAGGAUUUCGCCAAGUACGACUUCUUCCAGAUUCUCUCCAUCGUCGGCGGUCUCCUCCUCCUCGUCAACAGCGGCCCCGGCCAGUUCAGCAUUGACGAGAAGAAGAAGGUGUACUAAGUACGAAUACUCUCCCGUCUCGGACGGGUCCCCGGGUCCCCACGCCAUGUGGGCGCGCGUCGCGAAGAUGGAAGAGGGGGAAAACGUGCUAGAGGACUUCAACUUGCCCACGCGGUGGGAGACGCGAGCGCCUCGGCACGAAGAAGAGGGGAUCUCAGCGGAGGGGGGCCGCCAUAUAUGGAAAAAGCUGCGCGGCCGCCACGGCGCCACGGACAGCAGGGAAAUCACGAGGGCCAUGCAUCAGUUGGUCAUAUAUGAAUGAUGUUGUCGGGAAAGGAGUCAUCAGUCAGAGCACGGCGGGGCUUCGGGUUUUAGAUUCAGGCGAAAAAAAAAAUGAAUCACACAGUCAUCUUUC